UCGAUUAAAAAGACUGGUGGCAAGAUGUCCCCCCGGUGUGGCUGUUGUGUCGAACGUGUAAAUAAACUGAACCAGCAAGUGUCUGUGAUGCGAAAAGAGAUCAAGAACCUCAGGCAGAUGUUGGACAAUGGCGUUAGAUCACAUCGCAAACACGUGGCUGCCCUCCAGUCUGUUGUGAUGAAGAUGGGACGGAGUGAAAUCGAAAGCAAGCCGCAACCGCCAACACGGCCUCCACCGCUACAGACUGAACGAUCGGUACAGAUCGCCAUGGAACAAGGAAGCAUCCAGACCGUUCCCAUUGGUUACAUAGAUUCCUGUUUCUCAGCGAAGAAUGGGACGCCCAGACAGCCAACCAUAUGUCGCCCCUCAAGAGCAAUGCUGCGCAUCAGGCAGAGUGUGUUCAGUAACCCAGAGCAUGCUCUGGUGGGCCUUGAACACUACUCUCAUAUCUGGGUGAUCUUUCUUUUUCAUAAAAAUGGACACCUGAGUUACAAAGCCAAGGUGAAACCUCCUCGUCUGAAUGGUCAAAGAGUUGGUGUGUACUCUACACGCAGCCCCCACAGACCUAAUGCUUUGGGUCUUACUCUCGCUAAACUGGAUAAAAUUGAAGGUGAUACAAUACAUUUGUCAGACAUUGACAUGAUAACUGGCACACCAGUCAUGGACAUCAAACCCUACAUCCCUGAGUAUGACUCCCCCCAAAGUAGAGUGGGCAUGCAUUUAGGGCCUUAUGAAUCUGACCAGUGUGAGGUAGCUGCUGCAUCACUUGAUGAGGUCUCAAAUGUGCUUCAGCUUCCUAAAGACUCAGAAAGUCCAGCCCAUGCUCAGUUGAACUUAGAUUUUCAAAGAAUGGACAGCGGUAGCAAUGAUGACCCAACAAAUCUCUUCUGUAGAGAUGAAUCCAAAACUGAUCUGUCAAGCACAGAUGCGGCAUUGUGUUCAACACUUCCCAGUGUAGAUACUCCUCCUUUGCUGCAAGAUCUCCAUACUGUGCUGGAGGAAGCUAAGACCUUUGUGACACAAAGUGACCUUUUCCAGCUGAGCCCAGAGGAGGAAGGCGAGACGUCAAGCGCAUCUGAUCCCAAGUUACCAGAGUCAAUGGAGGACAGUCCUGGGCCUUGCUAUGGGGAGGAAGCCUACAGCAUAAUUGCUAAAUGGGUCAGGGAGCCCCCUGUUGCCAAUCUGGAGGUGCGCUUCACCCCCCAUGCUAAAAUGGAAUUGGAGAGGUUCUUGCCCCAACACACCUCAGGACCUCCAGGAAGUGACGAACCCAGGUUCAAGUUUCUGCGUAGCCUAGAGGAGGCUGUGGCAGCAAUCAGAGGGGUGCUGUCUGCAGAUCCUCGAUCAGUGUACAGAAGAACACGCUGCAGAGAGAGGCUCCUCUUCUUUACUCUGGACACCGCUGACAUCACCUGCUGGUUUGGACAAGGCUUUGCUGAAGUACUGCAGGUCCAACCCAUAGGACACAACUUGAGAACCCCAAGAACUGAAAACGAUUAGGGAGAUUCUCACUCGCCUUCUGGUUGAAAAAAGAAAUGGAGCCUCUCAGGUGGUAAUAAUGGAUUACAUUUAUAUAGCGCUUAAUCUCAAUACCCAAAGCGCUUCACAGUGAAGGGGGGAACUCGCCGCAACCACCACCCUAAUGUGUAGCACUGCAUGGCAGUCAUUUUGCACCACAACGCUCAACACGCAUCAGAUUGAGGUGGAGAGAGAGGAAUCAUUGAGCGAGUUAUAUGGGGGGGGGGGGGGUGACGAUGAGGUAGCCAGAUGGGGAAAGCCAGGUUGGAAAUUUUGUCAGGACACCGGGGAACCCCCUACUCUUUGCAAUAAGUGCCAUGAGAUCUUUAAUGGUGCUGCACAAUCAAGCGUGAUGUUGGCGUGUGCAAUUGUAUAACUGCAAAAAGCUGUGAUUUAAUAAUGUGCGUGUGUGAACGUCUGCAUAUCUACACCCAUAAUUAAGAGAUGACCAGUCUGUUUAGGCAGUGAAGCGUGUGCAGUCUACGGUCACAUGGCUAUCGAGUGUGCUGUGUGCAGACCAGAAAGAAGAAAUAAUGGAUACCAAUGACAAUGAGCAGAAUAACGAACUGUUGGCAAAAAAACACCUGUUAUAUGGUGAUAUUUUGGAUUCAAGCUCAGCAAUACUGAGCAGAGGUACUGUGUAAGACAUGUAAAAUGACAAAUGUAUAAAUUUAUGUUGCAACAUUGUCCACAAUAAUUGCAAUAUGACUUUCACCAAAUCGUGCAGCACUAAUCUUUGAUGACCUAACGUCUCAUCUGAAGGACAGAUGACUGCUCCUAACUUACACAUUUGUCUUGUUUGCAACUGUAUAUUUGACUAGUGAUCUGUUUUUUUUUUAAAGUCAUCUAGACACAUGGAAGAUGAUUAAGUUUUAUGACAAGAUUGUGUAGCAUGCCUUUUUCUUUAGGUUUUUGGUUGAGUAUGCAAAAAAAAAACCCAUCAGGUUCGUUUUCUAAAGCAUGUUUACUUAUCAAGAAGGUCAAAACCUAUGGAAAUGUGUUCCAAGUCAGACAUGCAUGUAAGGGUUAAUACUCUGGUCUGCCCCUGACCAAGGCAAUGGAAAGAACUGGAGUUGGUCCCUGGGUGCUGCAGCUGCCUACUGCUCCUAUACAAUAGGAUGGGUUAAAUAGAGAGAACAUAUUUGUCGUAAGAAUACAGUGACAAAAUAAAGUGGCUUUCACAAAUAUACAAUGACCUGUCUUGUACAUGCUUGUUUUGUUAAAGGUAUGCUCUACAGUUUCUAUGCUAGUAGCUGCCAUG